AUGGGAGACACAUGCAUCGAUGGGGAGGAGCAGUUCAUCUUUCGCAGCAAGUACUCGUCGGUCUCGAUACCGGAACAUGUGACACUGCCGGAGUUCGUUCUCGGCGACGCCGAGGCUUAUGCUGACAAAGUGGCGGUGGUGGAGGCGUCCACUGGAAAGUCGUACACGUACCGGGAAGUGGUACGUGAGACAAGUAGGUUUGCCAAGGCCUUGAGGUUACUGGGCCUGAGGAAGGGGAAUGUGGUGGUGGUGGCCCUCCCCAACAUCGCCCUGUAUCCGGUGGUCGCCCUCGGCGUUAUGGCUGCCGGCGGAGUGUUCUCAGGAGUGAACCCUCUGGCUAUGCCGGCUGAGAUAGCGAAGCAAGUGGAGAACUCAGAAGCCAAGUUCAUCGUUGCCGACAAGCUCGCUCAUGACAAGGUGAAAGAUCUUGGGGUACCGGUAAUACUAACUGGAGGAGAUCAGGUGGUGGGUGCCGUAGCAUGGGAUGAUCUGCUUCAAGCGACGGACCGUGCAGGUACAAGCCACCAUGGAGAGAAGGUGAGCCCAGGAGACCUGUGCGCCCUCCCGUACUCCUCAGGCACCACAGGUUGCUCCAAGGGGGUCAUGCUGACCCACAGAAACCUGGUGGCCAACCUCUGCUCCACCCUCUUCUGUUGCGGGGAGGAGAUGGUAGGCCAGGUGACGACGCUGGGCCUCGUGCCGCUGUUCCACAUCUACGGGAUCACCGGCAUCUGCUGCGCCACCCUCAGGAGCAAGGGGAAGGUGGUGGCGAUGGAUCGCUUCGAGCUGCGGGCGUUCCUCCACGCGCUGAUCGCCCACGAAGUGGACUUCGCGCCGAUCGUCCCGGCCAUCAUGCUGGCGAUGGUCAAGAGCCCAAUCACGAACGAGUUCAAUCUCGACAAGCUAAAGCUCAAGUCGGUGAUGACGGCGGCCGCACCGCUUGCGCCGGAGUUGCGAGCUGCCUUUGAGGCGAAGUUCCCCGGCGUCCAAGUUCAGGAGGCAUAUGGGCUGACAGAGCAUAGCUGCAUCACACUAACUCAUGGUGAUCCAAGGAAAGGUCAUGGCAUUGCCAAGAAGAACUCUGUUGGCUUCAUUCUUCCCAACAUCGAGGUCAAGUUCGUCGACCCCAACACCGGUCGAUCCCUCCCCAAGAACACACCAGGGGAAGUCUGUGUCAGAAGCCAAUGUGUCAUGAAAGGCUACUACAAGAACAAAGAAGAAACCGAGAGGACUUUGGAUCAAGAAGGGUGGCUUCAUACUGGUGACAUCGGGUACAUAGACGACGAUGGUGAUCUGUUCAUCGUAGAUCGCAUGAAGGAGCUGAUCAAGUACAAAGGAUUCCAGGUGGCUCCAGCUGAGCUAGAAGCCAUCCUCGUCUGCCAUCCUUCGGUCGAAGACGCAGCUGUUUUCUCGUUGCCAGAUGAAGAGGCAGGGGAGAUCCCAGCAGCCUGUGUCGUCAUGGGGAGAGACGCCAAGGAGAGUGAGGAUGAUAUCAUGGGCUAUGUUGCCUCAAGUGUGUCAACAUACAAGAGAGUAAGAAUGCUGAACUUUGUGGACUCCAUACCAAAGUCAGCCUCUGGGAAGAUAAUGAGAAGGGUUCUGAGGGACAACAUGAUCAACAAGAACUAACAAGCUUGGAAACUGUGAUGAUAUCUCAGUCUAAUAAAUCAAUAGAAUCUCUCAGUAGAAAUAUUACUUACGAGCAACAACAUCAACUAUCAUACUAAUAGAAUUGCAAGAUUUUCUUCUAUAGAUGUUGGUGAAUAAAUACAGCAUCUACAGGAUACUACUGUGAUGUGAAA